CGCAUAUUUAAUCAUUCUAUUUUCGUUUUGUAGGAUUUUGAAAGAUGAGGUGCAUUGGGUAGCAUACCAUGCCGACAAGUACAUGCAUUUGGGCAAUCGCUCUUCCAACAGAGUCGAAGGACCUCACUCUUCCCUCAAGACAGCACUUGGGACAUCAUCGGGUAAAUUGGCUCUUGUUUCACAUAAGGUUGAUUUAUGGGCAGCAGAAAAGGUAAGUGAGAUUUACAGAGCAAAUCAAACAUAUAUGAUAUGUACAGGAUGUAUGAAAAUAAAGAAUUACACGAAUCAUGAUCAAUAAUUUCUUUCGAUUUGACAUAAGUGAGUGCUAUUAUCGC